GCAUAUCAAUGAUGAAGGUUUGUCCAAUGCGUCUAAUAUAAUACACGAAGUUUGAACCAGGAACGUAGCAAACGGCGCCAGUCACAUGACACUCAAAUUUCCGCUUUACGCGACUUUUUCUCCCGUCGCGGUCAACGCGUCUUCCAUCACAUUCUCUCUCCAUCAAGGCAUCGAACAUCCAAAAUCCACACCCAAACAGCAAUCAUGUGUAAGACUCACCCAUAAAUCUCUUCCAAAAUUCAAACUUAUUCGUCUGUAGCAAACAAUUACACAUACCAAAAUAAUUAUUCAACCACCACUUACGGCGCGCAAGGCGGGGCUGAUGGCGGUGGAUUUGUUCAAGGAGGGGAUGGUGGAUCGCAGGGAGGAAGUCAAGAUAGUCCUGGAGGAACAAAGGUACAAUUGGUCGCUCACAAAGUUUACCUGCCUAUAUUGAUGAGAUGUAUAGACAUAUGGCAAAGAUACUUUGCGACCGGUAACCAUCAAGCAAAUUCUUGAUGCCGAGCAGCCACAUCCUGAUGCAGAUUUCAAGAUCGAUGGAUCAGAAGUAACUCAGGUAUGUGCAGACUUUCUUUCUACCCUUUUCUACAUUGUUAUCCUUUAUAGUCAAACAAGCAUAUUAACUUUACAAAUCACAGCUCUCAUUCAUCGGCCAAGUCCACUCCAUCUCCAAGCAAGCUACAAACAAUACCUACAAAGUUGACGACGGCACCGGCCUUAUCGAAGUAAAACAAUGGAUCGACAAUGACGCUGAGCCCGACAAUGCAAAAUCUGUUCCGCAAGAAGGUCAAUAUAUACACGUAUGGGGUCGUCUCAAAUCAUUCCACGAUAAACGUCAUGUAGGAGCUCAUAUUAUCCGACCCAUUACCGACAUGAACGAAGUUACGUUCCACGGGUUAGAAGCUACAUUGGUACAUUUACAAUUUACACGGGGUGCUAUUCCUACCGCAGCUGCAUUCAAGACAGAGAGCGGUGACGGGAUCUUUGUUGAUUCAUACGGUGGCAACAAUGUCGGCACAGCUCCCCGUGGUAGAGCAUUACCCGCGCAUGUAACACCUAAUGCGAGAGCUGUGUUCAAUUUAUUACAAUUGGAGCCUCAAAAUAGCGAGGGUGUUAAUGUAAAUAUAAUUGCAACCAGGCUUGGCAUGCCAGUUGCAGAAGUCUAUAAAUGUGGAGAUCAGCUAUUAGCGGAGGGCUGCAUCUAUACAACGGUUGACGAUGAGACAUGGGCUAUAAUGGAGUUCUAGAAGAGGGGCAUAUCAAGGCAUAAUUGGCGUUGCAGGAUGGGAUUGUGGCAUUUGCACAAAUGUAAUGGCUGUAUAUGAAUGAAGUAUGAGCUUAUGAGAAAAUAUACCAGAUAAGGUUGCUAGAUUG